ACUAUUGGUUUAAAGAGCCUGAUAAUUAUAAAAGUGUUAAUCUAAUACUGUUCAUGGUGUAUUUUAAAUGAUAGGAAAUGAUCUCAUUUACGUUAUUUCGAAGAUAGUUGUUUCAUACUCUAGUACAGAGGUCCUCAAACAUAUUCCGUUUAACGCCCACUUAAAAAUCAAUAAUCUGGUAGCGCCUCCAUUUUACUUUUCACCUUGUAAACCUCAGUAAUAUCUGUCUUGCCUGGAGAUCAUUCAAACCUUCUAAUUCUAAACGAGAUUCUUCUUACUACAGAAAGCAAUAUUAUUGCAACUUUACAAUAUUAAGGUGAAAUCAUCAGCAAUGGUGGCCAUCAUACUUAUAAAUAUGAAAAUAGUGAAGAACUAAUUUCAGGCUUCAAUUUUAGCAUUGACGCCUUAACAGGUAUGUACAAUUUAGUAUCAAGGUAGCCUGCUGCUUGUAUUUGCCCAGUACAAUACCACAACCAUAGAAAAAUGGAAGAAAUUCCGCAUGUCUUUUCAUGAGUGCAUAUGCUGUGCUGUUCAAAAUUGUAUACUUUGCAGUCUUUUCCUUUUUAAAAAAAAAUAACUUGACAAAGAGGAAGCAGCCAUGAUUACCACAUUAGGGAUGCAUAAGAGGAAAUGGAUUUAACAGGGAAGGGGUAAUUUAUCCUUUCCUUGUAUUAAAAGGUAUUAUGGGGAAGAUAGUUAAAAUUUGGCCACCGGGAUGCACACUUAUUGUACAAAACAUUUAAUGAUUUUCAUGUCGCAGCUGUCUUCUGUAUGGUCAUGGUAUUAGUCCGGGCAGGCUGCGCUAUUUGGUAUAAGAUGUUAUAGUGUGAUCUGUCACUGUUAAUAAAUAAUAAUUAGGAGGGUAUGGGAAAUGGGGGAAGGGAUGUAAAAGUAAGAAAUAUCCUUAGUUUUUUUAUAAGUGAAGGGAGCAAACAAAAUGCGGAAACACCAAGGUGAUCAUCAAUACCCUCAGACAUCGGCAAUACUAGAGGAACUGCGAAUGUGUUGCCAAUUCAAAAGAAAAGAUACUAUUAUAGGCUUGAGAAAAAAAAACAACAUUGAGAUGUAUGAUUUUGUUUUGUUAUUUAAUUUAUAAUUAUUUAUUUCUGUUUUCUCUCCAACAUGUAACUUUGAGUGAAGUGUUGAAUCUUCUCACAAGAAGGAAGUGAUUUAAAAAAGUUUUUAAAUAGUGUUUUAAGUAGCACAGACGGUAAAUAAUACUGGAACAUACAAUAAGUCUGUACAGUACAAAUUUUCAAAUUUGUAUGGUAUGGUCCGUAUUUCAGAAGAUUUUAUUAUUUUAAGUUUUCACAGACUUCAUAAAUGAAGGAGGAAGUUCUCAAUUCAUCAGUAUGUAUUUUUUUUAUUAUUUCAUAUCUCUGCUCCUGGUUGCUCCGUUUUAUGAUGUUUUUUAUUUGUUUUAGUUUUAAGUUUAUUUAUGUUAGAUUAUUUUUUUUAAAAUUUUAAGCUCUUAUGGAAACAUUGGUUAAAUGCAUUGUUUUUAAGCAAUAAUUUUGUACUACAUUAUUAAGAGUAAUAGUUUAUUGACAGAGCGUAAGCAACAGUUUGUUAAAGGAGAGAGUUCAUAUGACGAACAUAGGACGCACCAUCGCCUAAGCUGAUACAUUGUGUGACAUUAAAUAAUUUGUUACCGUUUCGCAGGCUGGCAAGCGGCCCUUUAUCAUCACACUUAAGCAUCUAUCUAAACUCCCAACAAGUAUUACAAAUUCAAUAGGAUAGGGUAACCAUGUCCGUGUUUUGGGAGUUAUGCAUGGCGGAGAGCCUUUUGGAGAAGCCAAAAGGCCCGAAACCCUGCGCCGUGGUAAAGCCGAACUUUUUUAGAGGUUACUCAAACGGGGACUCUUUUGAGGUUGAACUAAGUGAACCCUCGACAUCCAAUAGGAGCUCCAUAGAGGCGCCUUCGACCUCCAGUGCGGCGGCGAACCCCGCGGACUUUAGAUUCGAAGACGACCCACCGCUGGAUCGACGCAUACGUAUAAUAAUUCCAGCUCGAACAACCGAUAAUAAUUCUACGAGCAGACGUAUUAAAGACUAUAUACGUCUAACUAUCAACCAGUGCAUUUCCGAAGAACAGUUAGUAUCACCUCCCGAUGACGUGUUAUAUGUCUUAAAAAGAAAAAUGGAUGUUAAAGGUCAUAUAAACGCGUUUUAUAGCCGCCUCCGCAAAAUGGGAUACUUUUGGUAUCUUACGAAAUCCUACCCAAUCAAAAGGAUUCUCUUGGAGAGCUCUACAUUAAGACUCUAUCGCGCAAUAUAUUUACAAACAAUAAAGCAAUACCGCGCUGAAAAACGGGACAUUAUAUUUUUGAGUAAAUAUUUUGACUAUUACACACAACGGGGCAAUACUACUUAUAAAACUUUUACACUGAACGUCAACUCAAGCACUGGGCUUGCUCCGCAUUCUAUUAACUUAUUCGAAAUGGAGUACUCACAUGAACAUUCAGAAACUGAUCUGUUUCUGACAUUUAAUAAUUGGGUUUGUGAUAAGGUCCUUCCGUUCAUUCCGGCGAAUGCAGUGAUCGUAUUCGUAAACUUACCAUUCCAAAACAUAUUAUUAAAUCCUCCCCCCGAGGCAGACGCCACUAAAAUAGAAUUAUGCAACUGGCUCGACAAUAACAACGUGCCGUUCAAUUCGAACAUGUCCAAACCUGAACUGUAUAAGUUGAUCGUGGAGUGCCACGAGAGGGUGAAGAAAUUUUCGGUCGACGAAUUAUUUAAGAGGGGAUUCAAAGGUCACCCUGUACUGCGCUGCCCACCGCAGCAUUAUGAUCUUACAAUGACGCAUCUAUUUUGGUCUCAAGCAUUCUACAAGCUUACACCACAACCACGCGUCUCUAGAGCGGCUGCAUUGCAUAACCUGAUUCAGGACCAUCUUAGUGGCAUGACAGUGAAUAAAUUGACUCGCAUGCAGAGUCAGUUAAUUGAAAACGAAAAGGAAUACGAAAAAUGCGAUAACUCUUUUGACGUCUUGACAGAUUACUAUGGAUUGGACUGCGAUCACCAUGAUGAUCGCGACGAUGUGGAGAAUUUUAACGUGGACACGCGCAAUCUCUUCUUUGAUGCGCAAUAAAUUAAGAAAAUGUAUAGAUAAGUAAUAAACAAGUUUAAUAAUAACUUGGCCAUUGGCCUUUUAUCGUCUUUAAGUAAGUCUUGUAGCAGAAUCAUUGUAAUUUAAUGAACUUCAAUGAAAUGUUAAUAUUAGACAGUGGGCCUUUUUUCUUGUUUAAGC